AUGAAAAAUGGCAUAAUUUUAGAAUAAUAUGAGGAUGAAGAUGAAUAUGAAGUAAGUAGUUUGGUUUGAUUAAGAUUCAAGAGGAGAAAAAAAGGAAAGAAAGAAAAGAAUGUUUGAGAAGAAUGUAGCAAUUGAUAUUUGAUGAUACAAAUUAUGAGAUAGCAAUAUAAUAGAAUACAGAAUCUCAAAUAACAUAUGAAUAUUUGAUAGAAUUGGAUAAUGAAUUUUAUAUAGAGUAUACACAAAAUAUGCCUGGACCAAGUAGUUAAAUAAAACUAAGACCUAUGAAUGAACUACAGUUAGCUUAUUUUUAUGUUGAUGAGUAUUAAGAAAGUGAAUAAAAAAUAGGUAUCCAUUUUUAAAGAUGAGAAGAGCAUUAAUGAUAGGAUUUUAAUGGAUAAGAUAUCUAAUGAAAUAUUUAAUAAAUCUAAAAGCAUUUCAAUUGAUACUGAUGAUAGUCAUAAUAUUGAAUUCAUUAUGUUUAGCAUUAGAGUAAGAUUAAUAUGAAAUGAUAUUUGUAAUUUGUUAUUCUGUUGAAGCAAUAUUUAAAAUGUUAGCAUUGGUAUUAUAAUGAGAUAUCGAUAGGGUUUAUAUUUGAAGAGAGAUUCAUAUUUUAGAGAUUUUUGGAAUGUUGUAGAUUUUAUCAUAUUGGUAUUUUAAUACAUGCCUUACUUUGUAAAUAUAAAAUUCAACUUUAAUGCAUUGCGUACAAUAAGAAUAUUGAGAUCUUUAGAUGCAGGUAGAAGUAUUCCAUCAUUAAAAGUGAUAUUAACAUCUUUAUUUUAAUCAGUAUAUUAAUUAAAAGAUGCAUUAAUAGUAUUAGUGUUUUCAUAUUCAAUAUUUGCAAUAGUAGCACUUUUAUUAUUUGGUGGAGGUCUAAAGAAAAGAUGUGUAAAUUUAGAGAAUGGGAUUCCAUAAAAUGAUGAAAUAUGUUCAGAAUGUUAAGGAGAAUUCGAUUGUAUUAAAUAGAUAGCUAAUCCUUUUAAAGAUUUAAUAAAUUUUGAUACAUUUGGAUGGUCAUUGAUAUAGGUUUUUAUAUGUACACUUCUAGAAAGUUGGUCAUAGAUUUUAGAUUUUACAGUCGCAGCUUAUAAUGAAGCUGUAUACAUUUAUUUUUUUAUGGUUGUUAUGGUAGGAGGAUUCUUUUUAGUCAAUUUGACAUUAGCCAUUAUAAAACUUAAUUUUUCAAAUAAUUAGAAAAUAAUCAUACUUCCAUUAAUAGAAGAAAGUUAUGAUUAUUGGGAAUUAAGAUUAAUGGGAAUCUAUGAACCUUCUAAAUUACAAAUAUAAGCAGCUAUGAGAAGGAAAAGUGAUGCUUAAUUUACAUUUAGAGAAAGAACUUAAAGAUUUUAAUCUAGAAUUAAACAUAGAACUACUAAAUAUCCUAGCUAAACUUAAAAUACUAACUUUAAAAUUAAUCCUAUUAAAUUUGCAAAUAAUUUUAGUACUCCUUUUAUGAAAUAAGAUAAAAAAUUUAUGGGAAUCUAUGGAAUGGGAAAAAAACUAUAACCAAUUAUUGGAGGUGUUACUCCAUCUAAUUAAACAAGAAAUAAUCUUAAUGUUAUUAAUGAAUAACCUGGAUAUUCCUUUCUUCAAAGUCCUAUUGACUAAAAUAUUAGUUUCUCAUAUAAUAUAUCAUAAGAUAAUAAAUUGAACAAUAUUUUUUUUAAUUAAUCUAAUCGAUCUCUAUUGAAGGAUAAAUAAUUAUCUAGUAAAUCUAUUUUAAAUAAUAAUCAUAAAUCUCCCAACAAUAGAUCUCGUAAUACUACUCCUAAAAAUUAAAAAAACAUUCAUGAAGUUAAUUAAGGAUCUCCCAAAUCUCAAUUCAGUAGAAAAAUUGUUCAUAGAGUUAGACCUUCAAUUACUGAUUCAGAUUAAAUUCUUGUAAAUGAUCUUAAAAUCAUUGGACAACAUUAAUCAAAAAAAACUAUUACUACACCUAAAGAUACUGAUGAAUAAUUAUUAGAUUUUUUAUCUUAACAUCAAAACAAUAUUCUCACUAUUGAAAAUUAAAGUAAUGGACUUCUAACUCCAAAUAAUCAACUUAACUAAUAAAAUCCUACUUUUAAUAGACUUCCUGCAUAACAUGGCACUUAUGCCCCUAGAACUUCUUAAUAAAUUUAAAUGCUUUAAGAUGUAAAAUAGAGAUCUUUUAAUAUUAAAAAUCAUCAAAUCGAAAAACUUAAAAAUGAUGUAUCCAUUUUAGACAAAAGUGAAAAUUCUAUUAUUAAUUCUAUCCCCAGUGAAUAAGUUGAUUAAGAAUUAGUGGAUCUAGGAAUCAUGGAAUUCAAUUUGAUUAAAAAACCUAGAUUUGAUUCUACUUAUAAUUCAUCGUCCAAAAUAAAUAUUGUUCGAAGAAAAAAACCAAGAUUUACUAGAAAAACUUUGAAAAAAUCUACUUACUUAAGUAAAACUUUUAAUUCAGCAAAUGAUGAAAGAUAUCAACAAUUAAAAAUCAAAUUAUUCAAAACUAAAUUUUAUAAAGAAGUUCCUUAUUUACCUUAUCAUUCUAACUCCGAAUUAGAUGUAUUAGAAGUUUAAUAAAUGAAAAAAGUACAAUAGAAUAUCAAGAACAAUGAAGAGAUAAAUAGAAAAAUAAAAAAACAAGUUAAAUAUGUAUUCUCUAAUCAACAAAGCUAAUUUAUUAACUUCAAAUCUACCUCUAAAAUUUAACCAUCUACAACUUAACUAAAAAGCACAACUGCAAAACGUUCUUAAAAAUAAGUUAAAUUCCAAGAUUAGGAAGAGCAAAUAUAAUAUAAAAAAUUGAUUUUUAAUGAUUAAAAAUUUAAUUAUUAAGAAGCUUAGUUAUUAGUAAGAAAAGAAGUAUAAGCUGUAGAUUUAGAAUAAUAUGGCAAGGUAGAAAUAUCUUAUGAUCUAAAAGAAUAAUUAAGAUAUUUAAACUAUGAUCAAAUUACAAUAACCACAAGUAUUAACUAUUAGGAUUAUUUAAAAAUGAUGGUAAUUUAUAAUAUUGAUUAUUUAUUAGUCAGAAGCCACUUCAUAGUAAUAAAUAGUUUAAUAAUCUUCAAUUGAAGAUGUGCUACCGAUGAGUGAAUAUGUCGAUGAUUAAACAAUUUCUUUAAUGAAUAAAAUAAUGUUAGCAUUAAAUUACAGUUUAGAUAUAUAUGAAAUAUGGUUGCCAGGAAUUUCAGGAAUUAUUAAAGUCAUUAGAGUUAAAUUAACAAGUCUAAUUACCAGUGAAUACUUUAAUCGUGCAAUUAAUUUAUGUGUUGCUUUUAAUACUAUUGUUUUGGCUUUGGAUGGAUUAGUAACAGAUGAUGAUUUACUCUCAAAUUUUAAUUUCGCAUUCACUAUCAUUUUUAUAAUUGAACUUGGGUUGAAAUUGAUAGGUCUUGGAGUUAAAAAAUAUGUUUAAGAUAAAUUUAAUAUUUUUGAUGCAUUUAUUGUUGGAAUCAGUUUAUACGAAGUUAUUAUCAAUCAAGAAAAUGGAUCCAAAACAGGAUUUAGUGCUUUAAGAUCUUUAAGAAUUUUCAGAGCUUUAAGAGUUCUAAGAAUCUCUAAAUUAAUUAGAUCAUUAAAAUUUAUGGGAUUUUUAUUAAAAGUAUUAGAAAAUGCAUUUGAACAAAUAUUAUGGAUGUUUAUUCUAUUACUCUUCUUCUUAUAUACAUUUACUAUUUUAGGAUUCUCAUUAUUUCAAGGAUAAAUUUUAGAUUAAAAUUAUAGAUAUACUUUUAAUUCAUUUUUAACAUCAUUUGAAACUGUUUUCUAAUUAUUUACAAUUUCAAACUGGAGUGAUGUUUUAUAUUCUUUAUUCUUGUCUGAUGCUAACAACAUAGUAGUAUUUUUAUAUUUAGUUAUAUGGAUUGCAAUAGGAAAUUAUGUUUUCUUGAAUUUAUUUAUGGCAGUAUUAUUAGACAAUUUUGAAGCAGAGUAUAGAAGAGAUAAAAAUUAGAUAGAUAAUGAUAUAAUAAUUGGUAAAGAUAGAAUCUUUGAAUCUGCAAUAUCCUCUAGACCUUAAGCAAGUAGAAAAUCAAGUAAAUCAUCAAUAUAAGAUGAUUUAGAAGAAUAUUAGAAAGUAUAAACUUAAAGAUUUAUUUAUUUUUAAGAGAAAGGUUUAGGGGAAUAUGCUUUAAUGAUAUUCUCUUAAGAGAGCUCAUUUCGAAAGCUUUGUUAUCGAGCAGUAAAACACAGAAUAUUUGAUAUAUUUAUUCUAAUUUUAAUUUUGAUAUCAAGUGCUAAACUUAUUUUAGAUACUUAUGCUUUAGGUGAGUCUUAUGAAGAUAUAUCUUAUUGGUUAGAUUUUUCAAUGGUAAUUUUAUUUGGUUCAGAGGCAUUUAUAAAAAUAAUAGCUUUUGGAUUUAUUGGAGAUGAACUAAGUUAUUUACGUAAUUCAUGGAAUGCUCUAGAUUUUAUUAUAUUAGUUGGAUCAAUAGUAGAUAUCAGUGUGGCAGCUAUAGAUUUAAGUUAUUUAAAAAUAUUGAGAUUGUUUAGAACAUUGAGACCAUUAAGAUUUGUUUCUCAUAAUAGAUCAAUGAAAAUUAUUGUAUCAGCCUUAUUAUAAUCAGCAGAUGGUAUUUUUAAUGUUGCAAUUGUUAUAAUUCUUGUUUGGAUGAUGUUUGCAAUUAUUGGUAUAAAUUUUGCUAAAGGAAAACUUUAUUAUUGUGAUAUGGGAGAUGGUGUAAUGCAUUAUGAAACUAAAGUAGAAGUAAUAUAAUAAAUUAAUUAUUUUAGUGUAAAGGAAUUUGGAGAAUAUACGAUAGUAAUUUUGAGAAUAUCUUUUCAGGCAUGUUAACCUUAUUUUGUUUAAGCACAUUAUUAGAUUGGCCAGAUCAAUUGUUAUAUUUUAAAGAUGGAACUGAAAAUGGUUUAGUAAAGAAUAAUUCACCAGAAUUCUUUUUAUUCUUUUUAGCUUUUAUUCUAAUUGGAUCAAUUUUACUUAACAAUUUAUUUAUAGGAGUUAUUUUAGUUAAUUUUCAUAUUGCAGAAGAAAAAGCAAGAGAUUCUUCUCUUACUCAAGAUUAGAUUUAAUGGAUUGAUACUCAAAAAUUAAUUAUUGAAGCUAAACCUGAUCUAACAUUAUAUUAUAUGCCUAAAAAUAAGAUUUAAGCCUUUUUUUUCAAAAUUGUAAAAGCAAAGAAAUUCGAUAUGAUUAUAUCAUUUUUCAUUAUCAUUAAUAUCGUUGUAACUGGCAUGUAUAUGGAUGGUAUAUUAAAUUAUAAUUAGUAGAUGCUAAUCCAGAAUAUCUUUAUAUAAUUGAUGAGAUCAAUUUUGCCAUAUCUAUCAUUUUUUGCUUAGAAGCUGGUAUUAAGAUUUUAACCUUCGGCCCUUUAGCAUAUUUUAAAGUAAAUUGGAAUUAGUUCGAUUUUAUUAUUGUAUUAAUUUCCAUCAUAGAUUUUGCCACAAAUGAAAGUGGUUUAUCAAUAGGAAAAGGAUUUAGAAUUUUAAGAGCGAUUAGAUUAUUAAGAUUAGUCAAAUAAUUUAAAGGUCUUAAGAAACUUAUUGAUACUGCUGUAUUUUCUAUUCCUGCGAUCAUCAAUGCUGCUGCCUUAUAUUUCUUAAUCCAUUCUAUUUUCUCUGUUUUAGGAGUAUUCCUAUUCUCAGAUAUAAGGGAAGGGAAGAUUAUCUCGGAUACAAAUAACUUUUAAGAUUUUCAUCACUCUUUCAUUUUAUUAUUCCUUUCUUAAACAGGAUUAGAUUGGAAUAGAAUCAUGUAUGAUACUAUGAAUAAUGGUUCAAAUUAUAAUGCUCUAUUUUGGGUUGCAUUUAUUUUAAUUCAGAAUUUUGUUAUGCUCAAUCUUUUUAUUCUUAUAGUUUUAGAUUAAUAUGAUGUCAAUUAUUUUCAUGAAGAUAAUCCACUUAAUAGAUUUGAUGAAUAUUAAAACAAAAUGCUAGAUGUUUGGACUCGUUUUAGCUCUGAUGGAACUAUUAUUAAUCAAAGUAAAUUAACUGAUCUUCUUCUUACAUUACCAAAACCAUUAGGCUUAGACAUCUUAAAAACUACUUAAAAAAACAUAGAUGAUUGGAAACAUAUCAAUCCUUAACAUACUUAAGAAGAGGUUGAACAACUUAAAUUUAAUAUUAAAGCUGAUUUAAUCAGAAAUGCACUCUUCAAAAUUAUGGAUAUGCAACUUAAAUCUGAUUUAAAAGGAAACAUACCAUAUAAUUUAGUCUUAUUUGCUGUGAUUAAAGAGGCAUAUUUAGAAAAACUUGAAAUCAAUCUGACAGAGGAAGGAGGGAGAAAACUUAUGAUUAAAGAAAUGGAAACAAGAACAGAAAUCGAAGAGGAUUUUGGAAUUGAUUUAGAUUAAGAUGUUAAUCCAUUAGUAUCUUAUUUGUAUGCUUAAACAUGCUUUAGAGCGAUGUAAAGAUUUGUAGAAAUUUCUAAAAAAAAACUAUUUGAGGAUGGUGUUUCUUUUUUAGCUAAGACUGAUUCAUCUAUUGAUUUUGAAGAAUGUUUAAACAAUGAACUAUCUCGGGAUGAGUAUGAAAAACCAGAUUAUGAAGAAGUGUAUUUUGUCGAAAUUCCUAUGAAUAAUAAAAUUUAUAAUGGAGAAUAAUACAAGGUUUAAAUAGCUUAAGAAGAAUCAAGCAAAGAUGAAAAUUCCAGUAAGUCUCCAAUUGAUGAUGAAAAUAAUGUUGAAGACUUAGAAGAAUACAAAUUAUAAAUAAUUGAUUUUAAUAAAUAUUUAGGAGAUUGA